AUGGCUAGUGAUGCUGGUAACGGCACGCCAUCUUAUUCUGUUGGACAAUUGGACGCCGAGAGGGAUUAUGUAAAUUCGUCGGAACAAAGCCCGCGAUGGCUUCUCUCCGCCCAUGCUAUCGCUCUCCGUGCUGCGGCUCGUUUGAGCUUUGGGCUAGUAAACCGUUCAGCCUCCGCUGCGACCGAGACUAUUUGGCUGGAUUCGACAUUGGGAGAAUGGCAGGGCAAACAAAUGAUAAGCGUCAAUAUAUAUGUGCCACCUCGAGAACGGGAGGGUUCGAACUCGAAAAAAGGACGGCCUGCUAUUAUUAAUUUUCACGGCGGAGGGUUCGUACUUGGCCAAGGGACAGACGAUGCUGUAUGGGCUGACGCACUCAUGACUGGACUCGAUGCUGUGGUGUUUUCUGUCAAUUACCGACUUGCUCCGGGCUACCCAUACCCUACACCGCCAGAAGACUGUGUUGAUGCGAUUACUCAAAUAUCCAGUCUUGCUGACAAGUAUGGCGUCGACACAAAUCGGAUUAUUCUCUCUGGGUUCUCGGCUGGAGCCACAUUGGCUUUGAGCAGUUGGGUCAUAUUACAGAAGCCUGAGACAUGGGGAUAUCAGUUACCAAAUUCUCUACCACAGAUUGCUGGUAUUGUCUUGUUCUAUCCGUUACUGGAUUGGACAGUCGACCGUCCGACGAAACGAAAAACAUGCACACGACCUGAUUUGACACUUCCGAGUAGCUUGACGGACAUAUUUGACGCGUCGUAUAUGUACCCGAGUAUUCCGCGGAGUGAGAAAAGCGAUCCACGGCUAUCUCCGGGUCUUAUGCCUGAUUGUAUGCUGGACCAGUUGGCGCCAAUUCACCUAUGUCUAUGCGAAUAUGACAUGCUACUAGCAGAAGGUCAGGAAUUUACGCGAAAGAUCAUAGCUCGAGGCAAACAAGCCAAUGUUCGAGUAGUAAACGGGGAGCCGCAUGCAUGGGACAAGCUCUCGACUAUCACGCCGAAAGAGAGCGUCGGGAUAGAGUACGAUGCAGCAAUAGAGGCAAUGAAAGAGUGGGUUAUUGUUGAACAAUCCUCAAUAUGA